AUGAUACAAAGAAUUUUCUCUUAUUUCCAGUUAAACUAUCGAUAUUUAAAACAGUGUGUAGAGAGUGGACCUGUCACACCAAUGCAGAAAGAAUGGGAUAGACAUAUCACCAGAAUGAUACCAGAUCAUUUAAUGAAGGGAAAAUAUCUGAAGGAACAUCUUCAAGAUCUGUUUUCUGAAAUUAGACAGGAUUAUUUGACUAGUAUGAAAAAAUCCAUGGUACAACAUGUGUUAGUAAAACCUGAAGUAAAAGGUUUAGAGAAUGAUGUAGCUGGUCCACCACCACAAGAACCUACUGGUUUAGAUUAUUCAAGACCAUGGCAUCAUUCAUUCCUUACAUCAAGGGAGAUAAUUCGUAAUAACUUAUAUCUACUCCACCCCACUAUGCAGGAAGUGUUAAGAAUGUGUCAAAAUACACCCGGCAGUAUGGUUCUCGUAGAUUGUUCACAAUAUAGAGUUAAUGGUGCUAUUGAUUUUGAGAGAUUAAAGAAUGAUGUUACGUUAGAUUUAGAAAGAUCAGAGGAAAAAUUACUCAAUAGCUGGUAUCCAAAGAUUAUCAAUAUAUUUGCUAAUCGUGAUAAUUUCCGUAAUGUAACUGGAGAUAAACUAGAAUCAUUCUACAGUAGUAUAGCUACCCUAGUCUCUAAUCAGUUAAAAGAAUUAUUAGUUAGAACUAUUGAUACAUUUGUUGAUUUAUUUGAAGAAGACAAUCGAUUAAAACUUCCUAUUUUAAAAAUGGAGCUCACGUUUGAUGAGAACAAGAUGCAGUUUUAUCCACCAUCGGAGGAACUGGAAGAGACAAUAUUAUACGUGGUCAAUCGUAUUACUAAGACCAUGCAGUCGGUUCCUACUAUAUCAUCAUGGUUAUCAGGAGGUAGUAGCGUCAGCCAUACCGAUGUAUCAGUAGCUAAACAUAUUCUAGACUCAGCCAUUGUCAGGAUUAAAGAGAGAGUUGCCUAUUAUUUUGAGGCGCCUUUACAGCAUUUACAAUCAUUUGUUGAUAGAUAUGACUAUAUUAUAAAUGGUGAAGCUUUAAAAGAAAUCCAUGCCUACAUGGAACAGGAGCAUUCUUUUGAUGAAUAUACAGAGUAUAUUGAAAGAUUCCGUAACCUAGCAACAGAAAUAAUGGGUCUACCGAGUAUUGAACAUUUUGAUAUGAUUAGAUUGAAUUGUGAAGAUUUGAAGAUUGGUCUGGCCAAAGCUGCCCGAGGUCUAGCAGACGAAUUGUUGAGUCGAGUUUCAGCUGAUCAUAGAAGUGAAAAUGAAAGUAUAUGUAAAGAAUUCAAGGAACUGAUGGAGAGAGCCCUGAAAGAACCAGAAACCAGUGAAGAGCUGAUGGAGAUGUUAACGUUCGUGGGACAAGCUAGAACUCUGGGAAUGAUUAAACUCAAUGAAAGGAUUAAGGAAUCGAAGGAUCGUUUGGCCUAUCUUAUCGAUGUAUUUAUGUUCGAGCAAGAAGAUAUUGAGUUAAACUGUGAAGUUUUAACAUGGCCGAGUCGUAUCAAUCCAGUCUUUGAUCAGAAUGAUGAUUUGGUAGACCAGUCUAAACAGAAGAGUGAGAAGGCUCUGUUAGAGAAACGAGAGAAAGUGAUGUUGGAGCUGGAGAAACUAAGACAGCGUGUGAUAGAAUUUAACGACUGUGGUGAACUGGAUCACAUGCAGCAGUACGUCUCAGACGUUCGUAUUGUACAGAAAAAAUUACUAGAAUUAAGUGAACACAUUGCCUGGAUAAACAAGGAAGAGGCAUUAUUUAAAUAUCCUGUAACAACCUAUCCUGAUGUUGAUGAAAUCUCCACCUCACUUGAUCCCUUCAACAGAUUGUUCAAUGUGGUCUUAAAAUGGCAGAAAGCAGAGAAAAAAUGGAUGGAUGGAUCAUUUAUGGAUCUGAAUUCUACUUUGAUCUCUUUAAAGGAAAAUAUACCGUAUAUAUCUAUAAUGUGUAAUCCUGGUAUUCGAACUCGGCACUGGUCUAUGAUGUCAGAUAUAGCAGGGUUCGACCUGACCCCAGAUUCUGGUACCACACUCCGUAAAGUCCUGAAACUGGAACUAGAACCAUAUAUGGAACAGUUUGAGAGUAUCUCCGGUGCUGCUUCUAAGGAAUUCUCUCUAGAGAAAGCUAUGAAUAAGAUGAUAGAAGAAUGGGAAGGAAUAAAUUUCAACCUAACAGCCUAUCGUGAUACUGGUGUCUCUAUCUUAGCCUCGGUAGAUGAUAUACAAACUCUACUAGAUGAUCAGAUUGUUAAAACUCAGACUAUGAGAGGCUCACCAUUUAUUAAACCUUUUGAGAAGGAAAUUAAGGAAUGGGAAGAUAAAUUAAUGAGAACUCAAGAGACAAUAGAUGAAUGGUUGAAGGUACAAGCUCAAUGGUUAUAUCUGGAACCUAUUUUCUCAUCAGAAGAUAUCAUGCAGCAGAUGCCAGAAGAAGGACGUCUCUUCCAGAUGGUAGACAGAAACUGGAAGGAUGUCAUGAAACACACUGUUAAAGAACCAAAGGUGAUGCUAGCAGCUACAGUACCUGGUCUACUGGAGAAACUAAUAGAUAGUAAUGGAUUAUUAGAUAAAAUUAUGAAAGGUCUCAACGCCUAUCUUGAAAAAAAACGUCUUUUCUUCCCCAGAUUUUUCUUCUUGUCUAAUGACGAGAUGUUGGAGAUUCUAUCAGAAACCAAGGAUCCUACUCGAGUGCAGCCACAUCUGAAAAAAUGUUUUGAGGGUAUAGCUAAACUGGAGUUUGAUUCUAAACUGGAUAUACACGCUAUGUACAGUAGUGAGGGAGAAAAGGUCAAAUUCAGUCAGGUCGUAUCAACGUCAGAAGCUCGUGGUGCCGUGGAAAAAUGGCUGCUACAAGUUCAAGAUGUUAUGUUGAUGUCUGUCAGAGAUGUUGUGGAAAAUUCUAUCGAGGCUUACAUCAUAUCACCUAGAACAGAGUGGGUAAAAGAAUGGCCAGGACAGGUUGUAUUGUGUGUAUCACAAACAUUCUGGACCAGGGAAGUCCACGAGGCGAUCCGAGGUGGUCCACAAGGUUUACGAGACUACUGGGACAGACUCCAAGCUCAGUUGAAAGAUAUCGUUGCGUUGGUUCGUGGUAAAUUAACCAAACAACAGCGUACUACUCUAGGAGCUCUGGUCGUUAUAGAUGUACACGCUAGAGAUGUAGUUUUAGACAUGGCUAACAAAGGAGUCGCCACUGAGAAUGAUUUUAAUUGGUUGUCCCAGAUGAGGUAUUAUUGGGAAGAGAACAGCAUGUUGGUACGAAUCACCAACGCUACCGUCAAAUACUGCAAUGAAUACCUGGGUAACUCAGCCCGAUUGGUCAUCACACCGUUAACAGAUAGAUGUUACCGAACCCUGAUUGGUGCAUUCCAUUUGAAUUUGAACGGAGCCCCUGAAGGUCCUGCUGGUACUGGUAAAACAGAGACUACCAAAGAUUUAGCAAAAGCCAUUGCUGUCCAGUGUGUUGUAUUCAACUGUUCUGAUGGUCUAGAUUAUAUUGCUAUGGGAAAGUUUUUCAAAGGUCUAGCCUCAUCCGGAGCGUGGGCAUGUUUUGAUGAGUUCAACAGAAUAGAUUUAGAGGUAUUAUCUGUGGUGGCCCAACAGAUCCUGUGUAUUAUACGAGCUGUACAGACCAAGAUGGAGUGGUUUGAUUUUGAGGGAACAGAAUUAAAACUGAAUCCUAAUUGUUAUGUUUGUAUUACGAUGAAUCCUGGUUACGCUGGACGUUCUGAACUGCCUGAUAAUCUCAAGGUAUUGUUCCGAACUGUAGCUAUGAUGGUGCCUGAUUAUGCCAUGAUUGCUGAAAUCUCCCUGUAUUCGUUUGGUUUCCUGGAUGCUAGAAAUCUGUCAGUUAAAAUUGUAACGACAUAUCGAUUGUGUUCUGAACAGCUCUCAUCACAGUUUCAUUAUGAUUACGGUAUGAGAGCUGUGAAGGCCGUACUGUCAGCUGCUGGUAAUCUUAAACUUAAAGAUCCUGAUGGAGAUGAAGACAUUCUAUUAUUACGUUCCAUCAUUGACGUAAAUCUACCGAAAUUCUUAUCCCACGAUAUCCCACUGUUUAAUGGUAUCAUUUCUGAUUUGUUCCCUGGAUUGAAACUACCAGAGGCUGAUUAUGAAAUAUUCCUGAAUGCCAUCAAGGAAGUCGCUGCCAAGAAAAAUCUGAUUUUCGCUGAUUUCUUUAAAGAGAAACUAAUUCAGACAUACGAGAUGAUGAUAGUUCGACAUGGUUUUAUGUUGGUGGGUGAGCCGUUUGGUGGUAAAACUAAAGUACUGGAAGUUUUAGCCGAGGGAAUGACGUUAUUAAAUGAACAAGGACACGAUGAAGAAUAUGAGAAAGUUUUAACUCGUAUUAUUAAUCCAAAAGCCAUUACUAUGGGCCAACUGUUCGGUCAGUUUGAUCCCGUUUCUCACGAGUGGACUGACGGAAUAGUAGCUAAUACGUUCCGAGAAUUCGCCUCUACCGAUACCCCCGAUCGUAAGUGGGUAUUAUUCGACGGCCCUAUUGAUGCCUUAUGGAUUGAAAAUAUGAACACCGUGCUGGAUGAUAAUAAAAAACUCUGUUUGAUGUCUGGUGAAAUUAUUCAGCUCUCAGCUGUUAUGAGCUUAAUUUUUGAAACUAUGGAUUUGUCACAAGCCUCUCCUGCUACAGUAAGUAGAUGUGGUAUGGUAUAUCUAGAACCUACAACUCUCGGCUGGAGACCCAUGGUUCGUUCCUGGUUAAACACCUUCCCCAAGGUUGUAUCCCCUGACGAUGUAGAAAUGGUGGACGAUGUAUUUGAAUGGCUUGUUGAUCCAUGUUUAGAUUUUGUGAGAAAAAACUGCAAGGAAUAUAUCGCGUCAGGGGCAGCUAACUGUGUAUCAUCGUUAAUGCGUAUGAUUGAUAUGUUGAUGCAUGAAACAGUAACUAAGGAAGAUGCAGCUGACAACAAACACAUCAGAACUUAUCUCAUGUCAUCUAUAAUGUUUUCUGUACCCUGGACUAUCGGUGCUAUGGUGGACGUUGAUGGACGAGGGAAAUUCGAUGGGUAUUAUCGUGAGCUACUCGCUGGUAAAUUUGAAGAUCAUCCAGUACCCAAGAGUGUGAAGAUUGAUAUUCCUUUCCCACCUGAUAAUCAUGUCUACGAUUUCUUUUAUGAGUUUAAAGCCAAAGGAUCAUGGAAACAUUGGAAUGAUUUAAUUCGAGGAGUGGAAUCUAAGUCUAAGAAAAUCCGAGAUAUGUUAGUUCCCACCAUGGAUACAGCUCGAUAUACCUAUCUUAUGGAACUCUGUAUUAACCACUCUAGACCUCUGUUAUUUGUGGGACCAACAGGUACUGGUAAAAGUGUUUAUGUACAGGAAAAACUAAUGAAUGGUUUACCAAAAGAUAAAUAUCUUCCAACAUUUGUUAAUUUCUCAGCUCAAACUAGUGCUAACCAAACACAGAAUAUUAUAAUGUCUAAGUUAGAUAAGAGACGUAAAGGGGUCUACGGACCACAAGUUGGUAAAAGAGCUAUAAUAUUCGUGGAUGAUAUGAACAUGCCCCAGAAAGAAGUGUACGGAGCUCAGCCUCCUAUUGAAUUGCUACGACAAUAUAUAGAUCACGGAAACUGGUAUGAUCUUAAAGACACAUCAAAGAUUCUUCUACAAGAUAUUCAGUUUAUAGCAGCCAUGGGUCCACCAGGGGGCGCUAGGAAUAUCGUGACACCAAGAUUUUUACGUCAUUUUAAUAUCGUUGCUAUGAAUCCAUUCUCAGAAGACACAAUGAUUAAAAUAUUUAGUACCAUAAUGUCUACUUAUAUCAAGGUACCGGAAUUUUCAACUGAUUUUUUCUCAAUAGGAAAUACGAUAGUUCAAGCCACAAUGGAGAUGUAUAACAUGGCUAUGACUAAUCUACUCCCCACUCCAGCGAAAUCUCACUACGUUUUUAAUCUACGAGAUUUCUCAAGAAUUAUCCUGGGAGUUUGUCUUAUUAAGAAAGAUCAAGUUGAAAAUAAACGAGUCUUGACUAGAUUAUGGGUACAUGAAGUAAUGAGAGUAUUUUAUGAUAGAUUAACAGAUGAUGAUGACAGACAGUGGAUCUUCAAAGCUGUACAGAAACUGGUUAAAGAUCAUUUUAAAGAGAAUUUUGACCAGGUAUUUGAACAUCUAACAGGAGAAGGAGAGAAAGUAAAAGAAGAGAAUUUAAGAAGUUUAAUGUUUGGUGAUUAUAUGAAUUCGGAAGCUGAACCAGAUGAGAGAGUUUAUGAAGAAGUGAAAUCGUUAGAGAAUUUCUAUUUAAUAGUAGAGCAAUGUUUAGAAGAAUAUAAUAAUACACAUAAAACUAGAAUGAACCUAUUGGUAUAUUUCAGAUAUGUCUUAGAACAUUUGUCUCGAAUCUGUCGUAUUUUACGUCAACCUGGUGGGAAUGCCCUUCUGGUUGGUGUAGGUGGUAGCGGUCGUCAAUCACUGACUAGAUUAGCUACAGCUAUGGCUGGCUAUAACCUCUUCCAACCAGAGAUCUCCAAAAAUUAUGGUAAAAAUGAAUGGAGAGAAGACAUCAAGAAUCUAUUGAAGACAGUAGGAGGUGUUGGUAAACCCACUGUAUUUUUAAUCACAGACACUCAGAUUAAAGAGGAAUCAUUCCUGGAAGACAUUGACAGUUUAUUGAAUACUGGAGAAGUCCCUAAUUUAUUCGCUACUGAUGAAAAGGCAGAAAUUAUGGAGACUGUGAGACCAGUAGCUCAAGCUGGAGAUAAAAACGCUGAUUUCUCUCCCCUUGCUCUCUUUGCUUUCUUUGUGAAUAGAUGUCGUGAAAACCUACAUAUUAUGAUAGCGUUCAGUCCUAUUGGUGAUGCUUUCCGUAAUCGAUUACGUCAGUUCCCAUCCUUGAUUAACUGUUGUACUAUAGAUUGGUUUCAGCCAUGGCCAGAAGAUGCUCUAGAGAGAGUGGCCAAUAAGUUUUUAGAAGAUGCUGAUAUUGAAGAUGAAGAAAAGAAAGCUUCUGUUCAUCUGUGUAAAUAUUUCCAUCAGAGUACUAGAGAACUGUCAGAAAGUUUUUUGGCUGAUCUAGGAAGACAUAAUUAUGUAACACCAACAUCAUAUCUGGAAUUAAUUUACGCUUUUAAAAAUCUCCUUCAAAAGAAACAAGAUGAAAUUAUGAAGGCUAAGAGACGUUAUAUUGUUGGUUUGGAAAAACUUGCUUUUGCAUCUUCCCAGGUGGCUGACAUGCAGAAAGAAUUAGAAGAACUUCAGCCACAACUUGUAGUAUCAGCAGCAGAAAAUUCCAAAAUGAUGGUCAUUAUUGAGAAGGAAUCGGCUGACGUGGAGGAGACCAGUAAGAAGGUGAAGGUCGAUGAGGCUGCGGCUAAUGAACAAGCUGCUGUAGCUCAAGAGUUGAAAGACGAAUGUGAAGCGGAUUUAGCUGAGGCUUUACCUGCUCUUGAAGCUUCCUUGGCUGCCCUCAACACACUGAAGACACAAGAUAUUGUGAUUGUCAAGUCUAUGAAGAAUCCACCACUAGGUGUAAAGAUUGUAAUGGCAGCUGUUUGUAUCAUGAAGGAUAUUAAACCUGAUAAAAUUAACGAUCCUGAUAAACCUGGUAGUAAGAUUAUUGAUUAUUGGGGUCCUUCAAAGAAAUUAUUAAAUGAUAUGAACUUCCUCUCUAUGUUGAAAGAAUAUGACAAAGAUAAUAUUCCUGUUCAUGUCAUGCAGAAGAUCCGUAAAGAAUAUAUUGGUAAUCCUGAAUUUGACCCGGUUAAGGUUGCCAAUGCUUCCUCAGCUGCUGAAGGUCUGUGUAAAUGGAUCACAGCCAUGGAAAUAUACGACAGAGUUGCUAAAGUUGUCGCUCCUAAAAAAGCGAAACUUGCUGAGGCAGAGACGGAUUUGAAAACAACCAUGGACAUGUUGAAUGAGAAAAGGGCAGAAUUAGCUGCUGUUGAGAAAAGACUGGCAGAUUUAAAAGCGUCAUUCCAAGAAAUGACAGACAAGAAGGAAAGACUAGAAUAUCAAGUUGAUUUAUGUGGUAAAAAAUUGGUGCGAGCCGAGAAGCUGAUUGGAGGGUUAGGUGGUGAAAAGGAGAGAUGGACGAAGGCAGCAGAAGCAUUACAGACUACCUAUGAUAAUUUGAUGGGAGAUGUACUGAUAUCAGCAGGUGUUAUAGCCUACCUCGGACCCUUUACUUCAGCUUUCAGAGACUCCUGUACUGGUGACUGGGUUAAACAGUGCACUGAUUGUAAGAUUCCGUGCUCACAGGAAUUCUCUCUGAGUAAAACAUUAGGAGAACCAAUCAAAAUACAGGCGUGGAAUAUUAAUGGACUACCUAAAGAUAGUUUCUCUAUUGAUAAUGGUGUUAUUGUAGCUAAUGGUAGAAGAUGGCCGUUGAUGAUAGAUCCUCAGGGACAAGCCAAUAAAUGGGUGAAGAAUACAGAGAAAGAGAAUACUUUAUCUAUUAUUAAACUAACAGAUAGUGAUUACAUGAGAACUUUAGAGAAUUGUAUAACAUUCGGCAACCCUCUGGUUCUAGAAAACGUUGGCGAAGAACUUGAUCCUUCUCUUGAACCACUUCUUCUUAAACAAACUUUUAAACAAGCUGGAGUAGAUAUGAUAAGGUUAGGAGAUAAUGUGAUAGAAUACAGUGCUGAUUUCCGAUUCUACAUCACGUCCAAGCUACGAAACCCUCAUUACCUACCAGAGGUCGCUACCAAAGUUUCCCUGCUGAAUUUCAUGAUAACACCUGAAGGGUUGGAGGAUCAAUUACUGGGUAUUGUCGUGGCUAAAGAAAGACCUGAAUUAGAAGAAGAAAGACAAGCGUUGAUUAUAACCAGUGCUGCUAAUAAAAAACAACUGAAGGAAAUUGAAGAUAAAAUCCUGCACACACUGUCAGCUUCAGAAGGAAACAUCUUGGAAGAUGAAUCAGCCAUUAAAAUUCUUGAUUCAUCCAAAAUCUUGUCAGAUGAAAUUUCCAAGAAACAAAAGGUAGCAGAUGAAACAGAGAAGAAGAUAGAAACAUCUAGAAUGGGCUACAGACCAAUAGCUAAACAUUCCUCCAUCUUGUUUUUCUCUAUAACUGAUCUUCCCAAUAUAGAUCCUAUGUAUCAGUAUUCCCUGACCUGGUUUGUCAACCUCUUUAUAAUGUCCAUCCACGACAGCAACAAAUCGAAGAUAUUAGAAAAACGUUUACGCUAUCUGUCUGACCACUUUACAUUCAGUUUAUACUGUAAUGUAUGUAGGUCAUUAUUUGAAAAAGACAAACUUCUAUUUUCAUUUAUUCUUUGUUCCAAUAUUUUAACAUCACGAAAUGAAUUAGAUCAAAUUGAAUUCAUGUUUUUCCUGACUGGUGGGGUGGGGCUAGAAAAUAAACUGGCCAAUCCUGCCCCUACCUGGUUGACAGACAAAUCAUGGGAUGAAAUCUGUCGAAUGUCCGAUUUGAACAACUUCAAGAAAUUUAGGGAUCAUUUCUUGAAGAAUGUUGAUAAAUGGAAAGAGUUCUAUAAUUCUAAGGAACCACACAAGACAGAAUUACCAGAUCCAUGGCAACAUGAUUUAAAUGACUUCCAGAGAAUGAUAGUAUUAAGAACAAUCAGACCAGAUAAGAUUGUUCCUGCCAUCACAGAUUUUGUAAUGGAGAAAUUGGGUAAAAAAUUUGUUGAGCCUCCUCCGUUUGAUUUAGCGAAGAGUUAUGCUGACUCCAGUCAGUGUACGCCUCUCAUCUUCAUCCUCUCCCCCGGGGCUGAUCCCACUAUGAGUUUAUUGAAGUUCGCAGAAGAUAAAGGAUUUGGUGGAAAUAAGUUUAAUUCAAUUUCUCUGGGACAAGGGCAGGGACCAAUAGCAGCCAAGAUGAUAGAAGCGGCUAGGAAAGAAGGAACGUGGGUAAUGUUACAGAAUUGUCAUCUAGCCGUGUCCUGGAUGACCGCGCUGGAGAAAGUCUGUGAAGAUUUCGUCCCAGAAAAUACUCAUCAAGAUUUUAGAUUGUGGCUUACUAGUUAUCCUUCCCCAAAGUUUCCAGUAACAGUGCUACAGAAUGGUGUCAAGAUGACCAAUGAACCACCUACUGGACUACGACAGAAUUUAUUACAAUCUUACCUCAAUGAUCCUAUCAGUGAUGACACUUUCUUUAAAGGCUGUAAAGGAAAAGAAUUGCAAUUUGAGAAACUAUUAUUUGGUCUGUGUUUCUUCCAUGCUUUAACACAAGAAAGAAAGAAGUUUGGACCGUUAGGUUGGAAUAUUCCCUACGGUUUUAACGAGUCUGAUUUACGUAUUUCAAUCAGACAGUUACAGAUGUUUAUCAAUGAAUAUGAUGAGGUCCCGUUCGAGGCUAUAUCGUAUAUGACUGGAGAGUGUAAUUACGGAGGGCGUGUCACUGAUGAUUGGGAUAGGCGUGUAUUAUUAACCAUACUCUCCGAUUUCUACAAUCCACACGUUAUCUACGAUGCUAAACAUAAAUUCUCUCCCAGUGGAAAUUAUUACGCACCCCCUAAAGGAAGUUAUGAGGAUUACGUAGAGUUUAUUAAGGCACUACCAAACAACCAACAACCCGAAAUAUUUGGAAUGCAUGAGAACGUAGAUAUAGCAAGAGAACUACAGGAAACGAAGUUACUGUUUGAUUCUGUCCUGCUCACCCAAGGGGGUGGGGGAGGAUCUGGAGGGGGUAAAACAGAUGAAAAACUUGCCGAGAUCACCAAGGAUAUUUUAUCUAAGUUACCACCAGAUUAUGAUAUUGAAGAAGCCACAAGGAAAUAUCCGGUAGUUUAUAAUGAAAGUAUGAAUACUGUUUUAGUUCAAGAGAUGGAAAGAUUCAACGUAUUGUUAAGAAUCAUCAGAACAAGUUUACAGAAUCUCCAGAAAGCUAUUAAAGGUUUAGUUGUCAUGUCAGCCGAACUAGAAGGUUUAGCUAGCAGUCUGUUGAUUGGUCGACUGCCCGCUCUCUGGGCUAAGCGAUCUUACCCCUCACUGAAACCCCUGGGCAGUUACGUUAAUGAUUUCUUAGAAAGACUCUCCUUCUUACAGAAAUGGUACGAUAAUGGGAAGCCUCCAACAUUCUGGGUGUCAGGGUUUUUCUUUACCCAGGCUUUCCUGACUGGAGUCAUGCAGAAUUACGCUAGAAAAUAUACCAUCCCUAUUGAUAAACUGGCUUUUGAUUUUGAGGUUCUCCCGAUUGAUUCUUCGAACAAAGCUCCUGAAGAUGGCGCUUAUAUCUACGGCUUGUUCUUAGAUGGUGCUCGUUGGGACAAAAACACAGGAAUGUUGGCAGAGCAGCUACCGAAGAUAUUAAACGAAGCUAUGCCAAUAGUUUGGUUAAAACCUGAUCGUAAAGUAGAUAUAGACGAAUCUAACAAUAGAUAUAAAUGUCCAGUUUAUAAGACCAGUGAAAGGAAGGGGACAUUAUCCACUACUGGACAUUCUACCAACUUUGUUCUGGCUAUUUUACUGAACACAGAAUAUAGUGUUGAACAUUGGAUCAAACGAGGUCUGGCCUUACUUUGUCAGUUAGAUGAUUAGACAUCUUGUGUGCUGUUUUUAAGGGUUUUGUAUAUUGUAUUGGAAAUGAAGCCAUUGCUCUAUAUUACAUGUAUUGAGCACUAUUUUAACAGUGAUCAAAGUUUGUUAUUUAUUUAUUUAUUUUUAUCAAAUUGUAUAUUUUAUUUUACACUGGCAGACUGAUUUCACAUCCAAAGUGUGUUUUAAUUCCAAUUUUGUUAAAUGUAAAAGACACAUCUUUUAAGUUUAGCUUUACCCAAACUGCGGAGGAAUGCAGAAUGGAAGCUGAACUCAAUAUAUUUUAAUGACAUCAUGUCAGUGAGAAACUGCUGAGAGACUGUGAUAUUUUUAUUAUUGUCAUUCUUCUUCAUUAUUACAUAUAUAUAAUAGAACUUUAGAGCUUAACCAAUCAACAUUCAGCAUUGAUAUCUAACCAAUCACAUUCAAGUGUUCAAAACAUUAAAAACAAUUUGAGCCAAUCCGCAUUCAAAAAAAAGUAAAAUCUGAACCAAUCAGCAUUCAGGAUUAGAUAAAAGUCAACCAGCUUUCUGGAUUAAAAUUUGAACCAAUCAGCAUUCAGGAUUAGAAUCUAAUCAGCUUUCAGCAUUCAGAAAAAAGUAUAAGUUUAACCAAUCAGCAUUCAUUAUAAUAUAUCUUUGAACCAAUCUGCUUGCAUUAAAAAAAAGAACCAAUCCAUGUUUUAUAAUGGAAGGCGUCUGAUAAUGGUACCAGACGACGCUAUCUGGACAAUGAUGGUCACAUGAUUUAAGCUAGUUCGUUCCUGAAACAGUGGUGUUCCUAUAGCUAGAACAUAGUCAUCUUCGAACUGUGGGCUCAUUACUUUCCAAGGUCAUCCCCUAUUUUUUCUGAACGGAUGUUACCAAUCCAGGUAACCUGGAUCGUUUAGAGUAUUGAACUGAACUAAGAAUUGAUAUAAUAUACUUUGUGAUACAAUGUAUAACUAUUAUUUUAUUAUCUUGACUGUGAUAUACUUAAUAAAUAUUUAUUAUCUUAGAGUCUUUCAA